CAAACAGGCCGGCCGCAGCCGUACGCCCGCGCUGGACGUCUGUUCGCGAGCAACGGCCGCAUACGUCGUCGUACCAACUCCAGCUCUCAGCCGCACACGCCUCGCCGCCAGCGGCUGCCAGGUACAUAACCAGGCAGGGCUCUCUCAGCUCCCCUGAGACGCCAUCGACGCAGCGAGACGCCAUCGACGCCACACUACUAGAGACGCCACCGAUCAAAAUGGCCGACCGCGGCGCGCAAUCAACGCCCUUCACCACCCAACUCACCGACUUCGACGAUGCCCUCAUAAAAAGAGGCAUCUGCAGCCGCGAGCAGUGCCUGCUGGCCAAGGGCAUGUCCGAGGACCAGGUGCUGGAUACACUCGUAGCUGAAGAAGUAGAACUCCAAACUAGAGCAGCGGAGGACACGUUGCGAGCGAGCUUGCUAGAUCGAGAGCUGAAUCCGGAGAGAGUGCGAGAGGAGAUCGCCGCAAAUGCCACCGCGCAGCAAUUAGACGAGCUCGAGGAGGACGACGACUUCUGCGACGACGCGUUUCUGGCGAAGUACCGGGAACAGCGCAUUUCCGAACUUAAGGUAAAACAAAAAGCAAAAGUGCACGGUGAAGUCGUAGAAAUAGCACGGGACCAGUGGACGCGGGAGAUCAAUGCUGCUUCCAAUUUAUCUUGGGUCUUCGUGCACCUUUACGAGGACCACGUUAGGGACUGCGUCGUGUUAAAUCGGGUCUUGGCGGAAAUUGCGAAGAGGCACGCCCAAGUCAAGUUCGUUAAAAUAAGGGCGAAGACGGCGGUGCCCGACUGGCCCGACGGCAACCUGCCGGCCGCGUAUCUCUAUAAAGAUGGCGAGAUGCGCACGCAGCUCGUGGGCUCGCGGGAAAUUGCAACGGGGCCGCCGCCGUUCACGGCGUUAUCUGUUGAGCGGAAGCUUGUUGAAUUGGGCGUGCUUGCCGCGGCGGACGUCGAGGAGGAUGGGUCUGAAGACGAGGAGCGCGAGGCGAGCCAUAGGCGGUCCGCGUAUUCGCGGGACGACGGGGCGACGUGGGACGCGUCUUCUUAGAUUGGUUGUGUAAUUGUUCGGUUUGUUGA